GGUCAAAGUCCUCCGCAGGAUGCAGUACUUUGUGGCCCGCAGGAAAUUUCAGCAAGCGCGGAAGCCGUAUGACGUGCGGGACGUGAUCGAGCAGUACUCCCAGGGCCACCUCAACAUGAUGGUCCGCAUCAAGGAGCUGCAGAGGAGACUGGACGGCACGCUGGGGAAGCCAGGAAUGUUUCUGCCAGGAAAGGGGGAAGAUAAAGAAUACCCAACUAUUGGAGCACGACUGAUCAGACUUGAAGAUAAGGGGGACGUCCUCAGAGCCGCUGGCGGGUCUCCGUGA